AUGGGGGUGGGCGCGACGAUAGUGCGGCAGGAGCGGGUGGUGGGCAUGGCGAGUGGCGUGGGGGCGGCGGUGGCGGCGUAUUGGGGCUGCAAGCUCGCUGUCUGGCGAAGCACCGCGGCCACAGGAAGAGCCAUUGCCAACCAGACCGCCCCACCUGCACCUCCUCCGCUUGAGACAUCGGUGCAGCUGUUUGGGCCGUCCUUCAGGCACAGUGUGGCUCGCUCCUGGAACACGGCAGUUGACUCCUCGCUUGGUGCGCUGGCCGCUGCCCUCAGUCGCCAUGGCUGGUGA